AUCGUGUCUUCCUCUCACCGCCAAAGUCGUUUCCUUUACCAAAAACCCUUCCCUAGAAGCUUCAUCGUCAUCGCUUUCGGACACUGGACCUUCGUUGACUGUACAAUGACUUCUCCGGGAAAAUCUCCGAAAUCGGACCGCAAGUCUCCGACGGUCCUCACCGUUCAACCCUCUUCCCCGAGGUUCCCUCCGACCAGCACUCCGACGGCAGGAGCCCAGCGCAAGAUCGGGAUCGCCGUCGAUCUCAGCGACGAGAGCGCUUACGCCGUCCGAUGGGCCGUACAGAACUACCUCCGGUCGGGAGACGCCGUCGUGCUUCUCCACGUACGGCCGACAAGCGUCCUGUACGGCGCCGACUGGGGCGCGAUCGACUUGUCGCCGCAGUGGGACCCGGAGAACGAGGAGUCGCAGAGGAAGCUCGAGGACGAUUUCGACGUCUUCACGAAUGCGAAAGCGAACGAUAUAUCGGAGCCGUUGGUCGAGGCGGAGAUUCCGUUCAAGAUCCAUAUCGUGAAGGAUCACGACAUGAAGGAGAGGCUGUGCCUGGAGGUGGAGAGGUUAGGGUUGAGUGCUCUGAUCAUGGGAAGCAGAGGAUUCGGAGCUGCAGCCAAGAGGAGUGGCAAAGGGAGGCUGGGGAGUGUCAGCGAUUACUGUGUUCAUCACUGUGUUUGUCCCGUUGUGGUUGUGAGAUUCUCGGAUGAGAAAGAAGAUGGAGAAGAUGAGAAACAUGGUGAAAAUGGCGCCAAAUUUCCUUCCGACAGCGACAAGCUUCACACGGUGGCUGAGGUCGAGGGAGAGGGAGAAGACAAGGAAGAGCACUACCAUGAUGCUUCUGAUAAGCAACAACAAGGGUAGCUUCGAGUUCAGGAACAGGCAGGGAAAGCUUCAUAAAGACAUCGGAAAAAAACACACACGAAGUCUUCCCUUCCCGCGCCUUCUCUUCCCUUUCGGUGUUUUAUGAUGUUCAGACCCAUGUUUGUAAGUCUCGUGUUUUCUUCUGUUCCAAUCCAUGCUUUGUGUUUGUUUGUGGGAAAAGCGCAUUAAGAGAAUCUAUUGUCUUGCUGCUCUUGAUGCAUUAUGCAUAUUCCAGUUUCCGACCACCUACCUGUGUGAAUGCGAAUUUCAUCGUGGAAGUUUCGCUUUUGUUCUGUCCUGUUGUUGAAUUUGUGAUGCUUCCUACCUGACUUGUCGUGUAAAUAACAAAGUGAUUUUGAUA